AUGGAGGUCGAAGAAGGGGCGUCCGGAGAGCGGCGCCGCAGCGGCAAGUGCCCCGGAGACAGCCGGAGGGGCUCCGGCCGGGGCCCCCCAGCUCCGCUAGACUCGCGGCGCCAGGCGAUCCCGCUCGGCUGCCGAGUGGUGGAAUGCCGGGGAGGCAUCGUGGACAGCAUGCAACGAUUUACAAACUUGCCGGUAUACCUCCCUGCGAGUUACCGCAUCUCCGGUGCUGACGGUUCCUUCUUCCUCAAAGAAACCAACCAGGAUAUCAUGAGGAAUGCGAGCUUGCAAUCCCGAACGGAGCCUUUCCUUGUCUACAGAGCCACCAGCCUGCCUGUACUAAACGCGACUUAUGGCCCGUUUACCGUGGCGCAAACGGUGCCGCCGCACCUCCUGCUGACAUCUGCACUGUUCAGUUUCGCCGACCAGUUCACGUUGAAUUGGAAGUUGCAACCGCGCGUCAUCGACAGCGCCAUAUAUUCCAACAGGCCAAAGGUGCAAGCGUUGUUCCACGUGGCCGGCAGAGAUUGGGAAGACUACGAUCCUGCCGAGAUCUUGCCCUGUGUCCGGAUGAUGGCCUUCCGGGAGGAGCGAGUCGCUGUCGGCAGUUGUCGGUUGAAAGGUCAUCUGGGGGUGUGCGUUGCAGAGGUGGAGUUUUCCCCGAGCUGGUUCAACUCUGCGUUGGCGUCUCCACCGCCACCACUGGAUGCAGAGGACGAGCAGGUGGUGGACUCUUCAGAGGGCAUCACUGUGGAACUUUUCUAUUGGGUGUACGCAGAGGAGGGGGAGUGUUCUUCCAAAGACCAAAACCUGGAAAGUUUUCUUCACCCAGAAGGCCAAGAGGAGGCACGGAUGCCUUUGGUGUCAAUGGAGAGGAUCGGGAAUGUUAUUCUUUACCCAACUCUAGACAAGCUCAAGAAAUCCUUGCUGAAUCUUGAUGGGAACCUGGUGAUCUGCUUACCACUCAGCCCGGUCAAGGAAGGAGACCUUGUCAUGUUUCUUGUGUCUCUCACCAGUGGCUCUCUAGCCGAUCAGUUUACACUAAGAAUUAAGGCUGCCCCCGGUGUGAAGAUCGUAGACAUCCGAGUCAGUGAACCGGACCAGUGGGGAGUACAACAAGAUGUCGACAAUGGAAGGACUCAGACCACCGCUACCAUUGUGUGUGAGCGCAUCGAUCCCAACACAGAGAACAGGGGAAAUGUCUCCUCAUAUGAAAUCUUGCAGAUGGACUUUGAAAUUGACAAUAGCAGCGGGCUGGUGGGCGCCCAGCAAAUCACCUGGCAGGUAGAAUACCCUCGAGAUGAGGCUGUGAGUGAGAUGGUAGUCUCUGAGAUCUUCGUCAGCCAAGCCACCUUUGCAGGAAUCGUUCCACUUGCAAUGGACACUGAAGUCCUUAACACGGCCAUUCUGACAGGGAAGCCGGUCUCUGUCCCAGUAAAAGUGGUUGCUGUGGAGGAAGAUGGAUCAGUGAGAGAUGUGUCUGGUUCCACUGAAUGCAAGUCAGCAGAUGAAGAUGUCAUAAAGGUUUCUGACAACUGUGAUGCCAUCUUUGUUAACGGGAAGGAAAUGAAAAGCAAAGUGGGCACCAUUGUGAACUUCACGUACCAGCAUUUUACCACCCAGCUCGAAAUCACCGUAUGGGUUCCACGGCUUCCUCUGCAAAUAGAGAUCUCAGACACAGAGUUGAGCCAGAUCAAGGGCUGGAGGAUCCCUGUCACUUCCAACAAAAGGCCUACCCGUGACAGCGACGAGGAAGAGGAUGAUGAGAAGAAAGGCCGGGGUUGCACCCUCCAGUACCAGCAUGCCAUGGUGCGUGUCCUCACCCAGUUUGUUGCCGAAUCGUCUGAUUCGGGAGGCCAGCUGACCUACAUGAUUGGCUCUGAGUGGCAGUUCGACAUCACGGACCUCGUGGCUGACUUCAUGAAGGUGGAAGAAUCCAAAGUUGCCAAGCUACAAGAAGGCCGGGUUCUGAUUGGGCGGGAGCAAGGAAUUACAACCGUUCAGGUCCUUUCCCCUCUCUCUGAUUCCAUUUUGGCUGAGAAGACAGUGAUCGUCCUGGAGGACAGGGUGACCAUUACCGACCUCGGCGUGCAGCUUGUGGCAGGCUUGUCCCUCUCGCUCCAGACAAGUAAAGGGAAUAGGAGGGUGAUUGUUGCGACGGCAUCGGCAUCAGAUAUUCUUCAUUCACCAAAACAGGAAGCUGUGGUCAGUGCUUGGGUUUUGUUCAGCGAUGGCACCGUAACGCCCUUGGAUAUCUACGAUAUGAAAGACUUCUCUCUCACCAUCACAUCGCUGGAUGAGAUGGUGGUGUCCGUCCACCAAAGCCAGGAGGACGACUGGCCCAUGGUGGUGGCGGAAGGCGAAGGUCAUGGGCCGCUCGUCAAAAUCGAAAUGGUGAUCAGUGAGCCUUGCCAGAAAUCAAAGCGGAAGAGCAGCUUGGCCGUCGGGAAAGGAAGCGUCAAGGUCAAGUUUGGCCAGAAAGAUGCCGACCACAAAGGGGAUACCAACAAUGUGGAAGAUGCCGAGAAUGGUUUUAAAAGCCAUGGGGGCAAUUCCGUAGAGAAGUCGUUGGAGCAAGAGAGAUCGGGGCAAGACUGGCCCAAGCAUGGAGCUUCCAUGAAUCAUGAAGAGGUGACCAACCAAAGCACAACUUCCAAGCCUCCCAUCCAGCAGAAAAACACUCUUGGGGAUGGUCAGCUCCAUAAUGGUCCAACCUCCUUUACCAGCUUUCCCAUGCAAGUUGACGUUCCUGGGCGGAAUAACCCCAGUGAUCUCACCUUGGCUUCCAGGGGUUUGACGGACCUCGAGAUUGGCAUGUACGCUCUCCUGUGCGUCUUCUGCUUAGCCAUCUUGGUCUUCUUAAUCAACUGCGUGGCAUUUGCUUGGAAGUACAGGCACAAACGGUUCUCCGUCAGUGAGCAAGGCAACAUCCCACACUCCCAUGACUGGGUGUGGCUCGGAAACGAGGUGGAACUCCUGGAGAACCCAGUGGACAUCUCGCUCCCCUCGGAGGAGUGCACGACCAUGAUAGACCGAGGGAUGCAUUUUGAGGAGAGCAAUUUCCUCCUCAAUGGGAGCUCUCAGAAGAACUUCCACAACCAGAUCCUUCGGUCGGCUGACUACGCGUGUGAGAAAGAUCUCAAAAAUGAACACACCAACCCUCCCGGACCCAAGCGGAAAAGAGUCAAAUUCACAUCCUACACCACGAUCCUGCCAGAGGAUGGUGGGCCAUAUACCAACUCCAUUCUCUUUGACAGUGACGAUAAUAUCAAAUGGGUAUGCCAAGACAUGAAUUUAGGGGAUUCCCAGGAACUUAGAGACUAUAUGGAAAGGCUGCAAGACAAUAUGUAAAACACACACA